AUGUCAACACCCACUAGAAAGACUAGAAAGCGACACUCCAGCAUAAAUGCUCCUUUCAAAUCUCCAUUAAAAAGGGUCAAUGAAAGUAACAGUUUCACCGAUCCUACUAUUAACAAUCAAAACAAUGAAAUUAAUAAACAACCAGAUGUUAUUAGAAGUCAAUUAAACCCAAAUGAUACUAAUAAACAAACUAGUUCAUUCCACACUGAGCUGCAACACCUCGGGAAAGAGAAUAUUCACAUUGCUAAAGUUAGCAUUGAUGAUGUCAACGACGACUUGGAUGACAACAGUAAAAUAGAAAAUUGUAUUAACAAACUGUUAUCAAAGCGACCAAAUCAAAGUUAUAUUGAUUUAGAGUUGGAGUUAGCUAAAUGUCGUAAUCGUUUACAUGCUUACAAUGAGGCCAAAGAUUCAUGUGUAAUACUAUUUGGUCUGUUAGCAAACAAUCGAGGUUGUCUGGUCCGAGAACUGUAUUCUGAAUUCGAUUUGAAUCUGGACGACUAG